AUGGAAUCUAGACAACACUCGAGAAUCUAGGGAGUGAUACAACACAUUCCAGUCACUCUCAGAACUCGUGUUUGUUGAUCCCCUUAAUCUUGUAUGGAUGCCUCGACGGUUUCCUGCGACCAUAUUUCGCAAAUAUUAUUUCUACGCUAUCGUGCUACUUCGACGUUAAAUCGCUAUAGCGACCUGUAGCACAAACCACGACCCUAGUAGCAAAUAUGGAGUAUCCCGUCAAGGAGAUCCCGGGCGUCAUCAGAGCCCUCGCUCAGGGCAGUCCAGAGCAACAAGCAAUCACGCUAUCGGACUACUUUCUGCCAAAUGCAUCAUUUUCACAUCCUCCUUGCGACACGCCAUCCCUCGCCAGAGGUUCGGUCCCUCUCGCCGGCGGCAUUGACUCUCUAUGGGUAGUGCUCACCAUCUACCGAUGGUAUCGCACACUCAGCCCUCACAUCGACAUCAAGGUCGAUUCUGCUGCAUUCGACCCACGCAGCGGGCUUCUCUCCGUAUCACUUCGGCAGACCUUUGCCUUGUGGUUUAUUCCUAUCUACAAAGCGCCGGUCCGACUCGUUUCAGUGUUGCAACUCACUCAGAUUACCUCCCCGUUACCCGACGAAACCAAGGAUGGCUUUUCAAAAAGCGGUAUUUCUCUGGUACCUGCAAGCCCUCGCUCGAAUAGACCAAAGUACUACAUCGCCAGUCAGGAAGACCUGUAUCCGGUUGCAGAUCGUAUGCGGUGCUUCAUACCAGGGCUAGGGCCUUUUCUUUGGUUCGUGUGGCAACUGUAUAGUGCCUGGUUGUUCGUGAUGGGAUCACUGCUAUUUUUGCCGCUGUACCUGCUGCUAAAUCGAUCAACUAAACCAAGGGCUAAGUAGCAGUGGGAAUUUUCAGGGCAAAGCGUGUUAGGUGUUGGGAUCUGCCUUUUUCUGUCUAUUUGCGGGCCUGAAGCAGUUGGGGCUUCAAAGGUUGCGACUUUUUCGCUUUUACUGCUGAACGCAGUCACGAUUGCUUUCAUGAUCAAUAAUGAAUCGAUAUGGGACACGUGGGAUUAUAGUGGGGGAUCAUUUUUGGACGUUUGGGACGGAUCAUGACUAAUUGGUUACUGAAUACAAUGAUACGACACUCUACACUAUGAGUGUUAAACUUGAUGAACUAGUCAAGC